AUGCAGAAGAACGAUGCUGCUGACAAGCAGGGGAACAGAGGAGGAGCCAAGAAGAACCUAAAGUUUGUGGGAGUCAACGGAGGGUAUGAGACUACCUCGAGUGAGGAGGAAUCCAGUGAGGAGGAGAAGGGGGAGGUAGAGGAGGAGGAGGUGGACAGCUCUGAGCUUGAGGAGGAGCAGGAGAAGGAGGAGGGAGCUGGAGCAGCUCAGGGCCCGGGGGAGGCCACAGCUACAGAGGAGGAGGCCCAGGGAGCAGGGGCCCAGGCUGGGGAGACAGAGGGCCAUGAAGACUCUCAGGACCCAGAGAACAGCCAGGCACUCCUGGAGGAGCAGCCAGCUGCAGCAUCAGGGGAGACGAUCGAUAAGGGCUUCAUGGAAGCGUGUCACUACAUUAAGGAUCGUAUGGCAGAGGUGGUGGCCCCCGAUAUAGAAAUGAGACAUGUUCUGACCAGCGUUGUACCAGGAGAGAGGUUCGCUGUGUCCAGUCAGAAGGACUCUCUGGCUGACACCGUCACCCUCUACCUGAGAGAGGUGGGCAUCGUCCACGCUCGACCUCCUGCGUUACAUCGUGGAACCUGGCGACGGUAA